UUUAAUAAAGCAUAUAAAACGUGUGUUCAAUUAUACUUUAAAGUAUUCAGAUGUCAAAAAUUGUAAAAUGGUACUUGUUGUGAGGUCAGAUAUACCCAUGGGAAAAGGGAAAACUGCUUCUCAGUGUGCACAUGCUGCAGUAGAAUGUUAUCGACAGGCAGUUGAUAAUAAAAAAUACCAACAGCUGUAUGAAACUUGGUUAUUACAGGGGCAACCUAAGAUUGUUUUAAGAGUAGCUGAUGAAGAACAUCUAAUGUCAUUAGCUCGAAAUGCUCGUAAUGCUGGUCUUAUUAUUGCUAUCAUAAAAGAUGCAGGUAGAACUCAAUUAGUACCUGGUACAGUAUCUGCACUUGGAAUUGGACCAGGUCCUAAAGAAAUCAUAGAUGAACUUACUAAUAAUUUGAGAUUACUAUAAUUUUAAAUAUUCCAAAGGCUCUGCAAAAUACAUUCAUUUAAUGUGUACAGAAAAUUAGUCACUUAUCAGCAUGCAAAU